AUUUCCCAUGAGUGAAAUGAAAGAUCGGAAAAAAUCUCCUAAGCCAACGAUCCCGACUAAGGGAUUUUUAAGUAAUUACAGCAGGAGGUUCAAACCUUGUACUACUGAUAAAAUAAAGUACAUGAACACAACUAGGAAUUCAUUCAAACCUAAAGUUAAUUUCCAAGUUCAUCGUAAUGGAUCUCAAGACAAAGGAGUAAUGUCUUCAGGAGACUCUACACUCUUCUCAAGAAUCAAAAGUACAGAGAACUAUAAAAUAAUUAAGAAGGUGUCUACCAGCCAGGAUGAUAUUGACAAAUCAAAUCUCAAAAACUACAAAUCUGUAAUAAACCUAAGUAUUGCAGACUCCAAUAUUAAAUUUCAAAGAAUCACUAAAGUGUCAAUAGAUAAAGAUGGGAAAGAUGUAUCUGUGAACUCAGUUAAAGAGAGUAUAGUCUCUUCAAACCCCAAGCUCUGACCUAUCCCUGCUACGAAAUCAUCCAAGAUAAAUACUACCAAAAAGGUCCCUCUAGGAUACGUUAAGCUAGAUAGAGAUUCAGGCACAACUUCACCUUACGGUAUGAGAGCCAGCACAGCAAGAGAGAAAUAAAGUGAAUAAAACCAAACCUACUCCCAUAAAAUUCAACUUAGAAACUCCUAGAGAUAGAGAAGACAAUACUAUUAAUGAUGAAAGAAACUCUUCAAUAAAGAAACCUAGAAGGCUCAAUGAAAAAUCUCCAAGAGUUAGACUCAGACCAGGCUCUCCAAGAUCGAGUGACCCACCUGUAUCCCAUACUGUAGAUAAAAGGCGGAUAAACUGACCUAAACCUAUAUAAUCAGCAGUAAAAUUGAUUCUAAAGACAGAAUUAAGAUGAAGAAGUUUGAGCUUGUCAAGAUUCUUGAAAGCACUGAGGAAGAACUCUUCAAAACUAAACAGCAGUUACACAACAAAAUAGAUCAAUUGGAUAAGAGUUAUGAGAGAAUUGAGAUACUCAAUCAAACACUAACCCAAAUCUUCCCCAUUUCUAAAUUUUUCUCAGAUGUCCUCGACAUCUGGAAUAAUCAAUACAAUGCAAAGAAGGACUAUGAAGGCAGUCCUAAUAGACAAGGGGUCUCAUUAGCAAACAAACUUGACAAGUUUGAAGAGGUUAUGAAAUCAACACAAGAAGUAGUCGAUCUCGGACUUCUUAAAACUGAUGAUCUGGAACAACUCAUCAAAGAAAAUACUAAUCUCCAGAGACACACUAUAACUCAUAGAGAUUCUUCUGGAAAGAAAGGGAAUGAAGACAUUUGCAAAGAUGUUGAUGAGCAUUAUAUCGGAUCCUCUUCUGCUUUAUUACAAGCUGAGAAUAUUCUUAACUCGAUCGAUCAUGCAAAACCAAUUUCAAUAGAGGUAGAAAAGCAAGGUAAAAUCAAGAAAGAAAAAUUAGAAUCAAGGAAAAAUUCACCUCAAAAUAGCUUCCAAACAUUAGACGAUCCCUAUUCUAAAGUUGGGAAAAUGACUAAAAAUAUCAAAAGGAAGAAAUCAUACUCCUACCUCGAUAAUCUCGGAACUCCUUCGAGAAGAUCAGAAUCAAGUUUCAAAGAUUCAGCAUCCUUAAGCAAUAUCCCUCUCCAUCUCUCAACAACAAUAAAACAAGAUUUCACCCAACUAGAGUCAAUAGCUGAGAAAGACUUCGAAGAAAAGGAAGAAUUUAAGACUAAAUGGGUUCGAUAUGUCAAUCUAGUAAAAGAAGCUCUUAGAGAUAGAAGAUAUAAAGAGUUAUCCCUUAAGGCAAUCAAGAAGUCCUUCCCCAAGCCAAUAGAUUUCCUGAAAAUUAAGAUUUACGAGGCAGAUCUGUCCUACGAGCAUCAGAUAAUUUCCAGAUUUGAGGACUCGAUUCUGAAGAACUUCAUAACUCUGUUCGAAAAUAAAGAAACUCUUGAAAAAGAUAUCCAAAUUUUGAGAAAGGAAAUUGAGAAUCAGAAUACAAAAAUUGAAGCACUUAGAGAAGCCGAAGAGUCUCUUGGAAGAGUCAACUCUUUUGUAGAAGAAAUCUCAUGAAACUUACUUGCUAAGAAAUUCAAUCCAAAAAUAGAUCGGCAAGUCAUUACUUGGGUAAAGAAGGCAUUUGGUGACAAUAUUUUCCAGAGGGAUAAUAGUAGACAGAUGAAACAACCUAAGCGGAAGAGAAAGUCCAAGUCUAAAACGAGAGAUGCUAAAUCUAAUAAACUUUAUAAUGAAAUACUCGAAAUAGUUUCGACAAUUCUAGAGUCAUCUCAAAACACAACUGUUGACAGUCAUAUUACAAAACUGGAGUACCUGAAGACUAGACUAACUGAAGAACUGAAAGAAAACAUGAACUCAUCUGCCAAAGCUAACAAUGAAGAAUCAUUUUUCUCCGAAAUUUCACGGUCAACUUGCACAGCACAGAACAAACCAUUCAAAGUCAUAGAAGAAGGAGAAGAAUUCAAUGAAAAACAAAUGCAGACUUAUUACGACAACUUAUCUGCCAAUAGUGAAACAAUUACCUCCGAAUUCAACUUCGAAAAACGAUUUGACCUGCUCUUCGGCAAACUGACGCGAACAAAGAUUCAAAGAGAAGUCCUGGAUUCUGACCUGCUAUCGAUGCUACAGGUUCAGGCUAAAGCACUUGAGUCUCUCAAAAUUAAUAAGAAGGAACCGAAAAUAGAAGUGAAAGGUCUUGUUAGGAUGAAAUCUCCAAUUGGAAGAAUGAAGAUGAAUGGAGGCUAUAAGAUGAAAAUACCUAGAAGAAGAACAAGCAAGGAUGAAAGUGAGAAAGCAAAGGAUAACUUUUAUAAUGAUUUAUCAGCGAGUUCAGAUCCUGAACCUGCUGAGCUAGUGCCAAUGCCUUCAGCAGGACCAGAGCAACCUAAGUAUGAGGCUAAAGAAUAG